AGAAGCUUCCUCUGUUCAUUCUCAACGGACCCCCGUUCUCUCUCUCCUAUCUCUCUCUCUCUCCUCUCUCUUUCUCUCUUUCUCUCUCUAGAGCUGUACUUCUCAUUCUCAAGUCUCAACAGUGAAAGGAGGCCAUAAAAUGACAAAACAAAAAAAUGGGUCUCCGUUAGGGUUAUUAAUGGCGUCUUUCUUCUUGUUGUUGUAACGAUUGGCCCUCCCAUUUCUCUUUUGCUUUUCGGCCUUUUCGUGCGAAUCUCACACCUAGGUUUUGUUCAAUUCCACGUUUCCGAGGCUUGUAAAGUCCUGUUGUUGCGGAAGCUGGUUUUUCUGAAGUUGAAAUUUUGAUUUUUUUGGUCUUACAAUGGCUGAUUCCAAUCAGGAAAAGCAAGAUCAGAGGAGUAGUUCUAGCAUGGAGGAUUCUCAAUCUACCGCAAUGACUAUCGAAUUCCUCCGUGCGCGGUUGCUCUCUGAGAGGUCUGUCUCGAGAAGUGCGAGACAAAGAGCUGAUGAACUGGAAAAAAGGGUAGAGGAAUUGGAGGAACAACUUAGAAUAGUUUCUCUUCAAAGAAAGAUGGCUGAGAAAGCCACAGUGGAUGUUCUCUCCAUUUUGGAGAACCAUGGAAUAAGUGACGCUUCUGAGACCUAUGAUUCAGGCUCCGACCAAGAGACCCACCAGGUGGCUAACAAUUACGCAAAUGGAGAGGAGCGCUCUGUUGUUUCCAAGAGAAGAAGUGUCUUGGAGGAACUUUCGGGUUCUGACCUUGAUUCUUCUCCAAUCAAUGGUAGAAGCUUGUCUUGGAAAGGCCGUAGCGAUUCAUCACGUUCUCGCGAAAAGUAUAAGGAUUCGUCAGUGAGAAGACAGAAUGCUUUGUCGUCAUCCUUUGGUUCUUCUUCUCCAAAGCAUUAUGUAGGUAAAUCAUGCCGCCAAAUAAGAUGCAGAGAAACAAGAACGGUGGUUGAGGAUCAUAAAACAGAACCUCUCAAGUUUGAUUCUCAAGAAAAUGGAGCUGCUACUCCACCAGAAGGUGCUCCAGAUUGCUUGGAUUCUACGCCUGAGAUCGGAAGGAAAAUCGGAAGAGGUGGUUCUGAAAUCCAGAAAUUACUAUCUGAGGAUCCUCUUCCAGGAAGUGUUAAAAAUGACAGAAGAAUACCCAAUCACCUUGAUGUCAACGGCCAUGGUCAAGAGAAAGAUAUGAAGAAGGCACUAGAACAUCGGGCCCAACUUAUUGGCCAAUAUGAGGAGAUGGAAAAGGCUCAGAGAGAAUGGGAGGAGAAGUAUAGAGAAAAUAACACUAGUACACCGGAUUCGUAUGAUCCUGGGAACCACUCGGAUGUAACUGAGGACAGAGAUGAAGUCAAGGCUCAAACACUGUACAAUGUAGGGAUAGAUAUCGCACAAGCUGUAGAUGCAAAAUCAAACAAGGUAGAUCUGUCCAAGGAAUCAUCCAAACCGCAGUCUAAUGGCUUUCUACACCCUACCCGUACCCGUGCAGCUAUGGGAGACUUAAAGGUUCAGGCAAGCAGCAACAUCGACCCUGUUGCUUCCAGAUUUCAAGCUCAAGAAUUUGCCUUCCCCACGGCAAAGGAAAAGGAAGCCCAAGAGAGCCUGGAAAACCGUGAUUUUCGACCUUCAGAAAGCCCCCAUCACGGCCAACUUUUGCACAGGUCAUUGCCCAACCAGCCUUUUGAUAGAGGCGCUUUAUCGGACGCUGGCAGUAGUUCCCAUAAAAGGGAUUUUUCAGGGAGCCAAAAUGAUCUCUAUGCAUUGGUACCUCACAAUCCACCUGUUGUGUUAGGCGGCGUGUUGGAUGCACUCAAACAGGCAAAGCUUUCGCUACAGCAGAAAAUCAAUAGAUUGCCACUAGAAGGUACUACUACACAAACCGUUGCUGUUAAUAGAUCCAUUGAGCCUACUCAACCUGGUACAAGGGUUGGGGACAGAUUGGAGAUUCCUGUUGGGUGUACUGGGCUUUUUAGACUACCAACUGAUUUCGCCACGGUAGAAGCUAGUACUCAAGCCAACUUCCUCAGUUCCGGGUCUCGCUUAUCCUUAGAACCGUAUUAUCCCGAUAACAAGGUUGCAUUAACUGCGCCUGAUCGAUUCCUCACCAGCCCUUACAUUGAGAGUCGAUCAGAGUUUCCUCCUGAUGUCCGGUUUCUCACAAGCAGCUCUGUGGUGUCAGGAUCAAGGGCUUCUACUUUGAAUUCACGUUUCGAUUCUCACUUUGAUACUGGCCCAUCCUCAGUCAAUAGAUAUAGCAACUAUCCUCCUCACCCCUCGUAUCCUCCAUUUCCAGACUCCAUGCCACGGAUACCGUCUGAUGAAGGUUUACGGAGACCCUUUCGUAGUAGUAGGUCAUUUGGGUUGCCUGAAGAUAGAUUUUCAUUUUAUGAUGAUCACGGUAGACCCAAUAUGUAUAGGUAGUAUUAUACAAGUUGUACUAUUUUGUCAAGUGUCAAAAUUGUAUCUUAGAAAAAACCUUUAGUUUUGUAGAUUGGUUUUAGAAUCAGGGUUUUGUGUAUUAUAGAGGGGAGAUUGCAUUUGUACACUAUAGUCUAUUCAAAAGUUCAACAUAUUUAUGUGUUUCUGGAUCA